AUGACACAAGCACACCACUCACUUCCCAAACAACAACAACAACUCACACUCACCCACCUCCCCACCGAAAUCCUCCUCUCAAUCCUCUCCCACCUCUACCCACCCUGGUCCCUCGAAAUCGUCCACCGCGGCCUCGACACCACCUCCCCUACCAGCUCCUUCCCCUCCAUAACCCACACCCUCUCCCUAACAUCCACCUACUUCCGCACCCUCACCCUCCUCCUCGAGCGCCGCGCCUUCACUCAUGCCCUGCACUUCCGCACCUCCGCCACCCAAUGGCGCACCCUCACACGUCUCAAAUCCGUCUCUCCAGGCCGUAUAGCCUGGGCCCUCGACCACGUCCAGCGCCUAACUUUCUUCGCGCCUCCGCUGUUCACGAACAGGAUACCGUGGGACUUGUUGCCUGCGCUAAAAGUGCUGGAACUGGAUUACUGUGGUCGGAGUGCGAAUUUUCGCGUCGAGGGGACGUGGGAGGAGUUAGAAGGAGGGGUGCUAGAUGAGAUGGUGGUGAGAUUUGCGCGGGAUACGGAGAGGUUUGACGGGCCGAUUGUGGAGGAUGCGUGGCGGGUGGAUCGGAUGAGGAGGAUUGAGGUGCUGGUUGUUAAGAGGAUGAGUGUGUUUACGGUAGUGUCUGUGGUUGGUGAGGAUGGUGAUGUCGAAAGUGUGGUGCAGACUUGGGAUUUGAGGGUUACCGCGAGGCAUAGGGGUCGGUUGGAGGAUGUGAGUGUAUGGAUUCGGGAUCGGGGAGUGGAUUCUAGCUUAGGUCUGCUUGGGGAUGUGGGAAAUAUGGUGAUUUGGACGGCUGGUGAGGGUCAGGAGGGCAGUUUUCGAAAGUGUGUUCGUCAGGUUGUUCCUGCAAAGGGAUGA